UUUCUCGUUUCUCAUAGUUAUCUCACAUGGCCGUUUCGCACGUUCAAGAAACUGGGUAUUCCCGGUCCGAAGCCGGUCCUGAACUUCGGGAACUUCCUCAGCUACAAGAAGGGAUCACACGUUUUCGACAUGGAUUGCUAUAAGAAGUACGGAAAAGUCUAUGGAAUCUAUGAAGGCCGGCAGCCUAUCCUGAUGAUUGGGGACCUGGGACUGAUCAAGGAGAUCACAGUAAAACAGUUCCAUAAGUUUAACAACAGGCAGGAUUUAGGGUCCAUCUUGAAACCGUUCGCUGGCAGCUUAUUUGUGCUGAAGGACACCGACUGGAAGAGGGUUCGGGGGGCCAUCUCACCGACAUUGAGCUCGAGCAAACUCAAACAGGUACUUUUUAUUAUACGUUUAAUGUUCGUGAUUUUCUCUGCCUACGCCAUGGACGUGAUUUCCAGCACGGCGUUCGGCGUGGAUAUAGACGCGCUCAACAACCCGGACCAUCCUUUUGUGACCCACGCCAAGGCGAUAUUUGACAUGAAUCUCCUCAAAAUGUAUUUAUAUAUCAUGGUUCCGCCUCCAUUCAACUACCUGUUCACACUCUGGGGAUUUACCUUCUUCCCGAAGUUCGCCACGGACUUUUUCAAACAUACCGUGGAAAGAGUCAUGAAGAUGAGACAAGACAGUGCGGAUAAUACCGAACGAGUGGACUUUCUCCAGCUGAUGCUCAAGGCCCACAACAAGCACCGAGACGAGACGGCAAACGGUGCGACUCUUGGUCCAGGACUGUCCAAACAGGAGAUCGUAGGGAACUCGAUGAUAUUCUGGCUGGUCGGCUACGACACCACCGCCAACACCAUCGCACUCACGGCCUACAACCUCGCACUGAGUCAGGAGGCACAGGACAGGGCCGCGGGGGAGAUCCACAGAGUGGUACAGAAUCGGGGGAAGCUCGACUACGAGGCAGUCCAUGAGCUGCACUACCUGGAGAUGUGCGUCAACGAGACGCUGAGGAUCUACCCCGGGGCAAAGAGGUUUGACCGUGUCUGUAGGGAGGACGCUGAUAUCAACGGUCUGCAUAUUCCAGCGGGAAUGAACAUUAACUUCCCUGUGUGGGUCAUCCACCAUGACCCUGAACUCUGGCCGGAACCGGACAAGUUCAAGCCUGAGAGGUUUUCAAAGGAAGAAAUAGCAACCCGAGAUCCGUACGCCUUCCUUACGUUUGGGGUCGGACCUAGAGCCUGUGUGGGCAUGCGCCUAGCCAUGCUGGAGAUCAAACUGGCGCUGGCCAAAGUCUUGGAGAAGUUCCGUUUCGUCACGUGCGAGAAGACUGAGAUUCCCCUUCGUCUGGCAAACAACAACGGGAACAAGGUAGAGGGUGGCGUGUGGCUGAAGGUGGAGGCUCGCGGCCAGGCUCCAAGCAGUGUAUAA